AUGCUGAUCAAAGUGAAGACUCUGACUGGAAAAGAAAUAGAAAUCGACAUUGAGCCCACAGAUAAGGUGGAGCGAAUUAAAGAAAGGGUAGAAGAAAAGGAAGGGAUACCCCCUCAACAACAGAGACUCAUCUACAGUGGAAAACAGAUGAAUGAUGAGAAGACGGCAGCAGACUACAAAAUCCAAGGAGGUUCAGUGCUCCAUCUGGUGUUGGCGCUAAGGGGAGGAACAGCAUACCGUACGACUGACGCACUACUCACCUCAUCGUGA